GACAAACAGCCGUACGAAGCAGUAAGUCACACACCGGUGCAUGUGUGUGUGAUCUGCUUUGAUGUGCAAACUCGUGGCACCGGGUGUUAAGAUGAUUGAGUGUGGAGAGAGAGGGAGCCGAGCACUCAGUCCCACCAGCUUCACUCCUCCUCUGCCAGCACACAUCUGCUGCUGAGGAGAUGGGACACUGAACCCGAGAAGAGCACUUUGAGCUUUGGAGAUCAGUCCUCGCAGCAUGGCCGACUGGACCAGAGCACUGUGAGGAAGAAGUCACAAAGGAAAAGCUCCAACUGGAGAUAUAUUUACCUUCUCCUGAGGCUGAGCGUUCUCUUAAAUCUGGGGUGAUGUCCCAGCGCUGGUGCAGGCAGGUCCUGCUCGGUGUGGAGCUGCUGGUGGCGGUUCUGGCCGCCGGCGCUGCUGCACAGUUUACUGAGAGGAGGCAGGCUGGCUCGUCCUGCUACGGAGGAUUUGACCUCUACUUUGUUUUGGACAAGUCUGGCAGUGUGCAGCAUUACUGGAAUGAGAUCUACUACUUUGUUGACCAUCUGGCUCACAAGUUCAUCAGCCCUCAGCUGCGGAUGUCUUUUAUCGUGUUCUCGACAGAAGGACGGACUCUCAUGGCGCUAACAGAAGACAGAGAGCAGAUUCGAGCCGGGCUGGAGGAGCUGAGCAUGGUGCAGCCGGGCGGAGACACCUUCAUGCACAGAGGAUUUCAAAGAGCCAGCGAGCAAAUAUAUUACGGGACUGGAGAUGGCUACCGGACAGCCAGUGUCAUCAUUGCCCUGACAGACGGUGAACUGAGAGAAAAUCAGUUUGACCUGGCACAAAGAGAGGCCAGCAGAGCACGCCAGUUGGGUGCCACUGUAUACUGUGUGGGGGUGAAAGACUUCAAUGAAACCCAGUUGUCAACAAUAGCUGACAGUAAGGACCACGUCUUCCCUGUGAACGAUGGAUUUCAAGCACUGCAAGGGGUCAUCGACUCGAUCCUGAAGAGAUCAUGCAUUGAGAUCUUGGCUGUGGAACCCUCCAGCAUCUGUGAAGGAGAGUCCUUCCAGGUGGUUGUCAAGGGAAACGGUUUCCUUCAUGCUCGGGAUGUGCAGAAAGUUCUCUGCAGCUUCCGCAUCAAUGACACAACGACUUUGAUGAAGAGGCCUUUGGUGGUGAGAGACACCUAUCUUUUAUGUCCAGCUCCAGUCCUGGAAAAAGAGGGAAUGUCUGCCACUCUCUACGUCAGCAUGAAUAACGGCCUCAGCUUCAUAUCGAGCUCCGUCACAAUCACUGCAGUUCCCUGUUCUGAUGGGACGUUUGUGGCCAUAGCUCUGCUCAUCCUGCUGCUGCUGCUGACCAUUGCCCUGCUGUGGUGGUUCUGGCCUCUCUGCUGCACAGUGGUCAUUCAUGAGCCGCCUCCUCCAGUAAUAGAAGACAUCUCCGAUGAUGAGGAUGGCUUUCCAAAGAAGAGGUGGCCCACAGUAGAUGCAUCGUAUUAUGGAGGCCGUGGAGUCGGAGGCAUUAAGAGAAUGGAGGUCCGCUGGGGGGACAAAGGCUCAACUGAAGAAGGAGCCAAACUGGAAAAAGCGAAAAACGCUCGAGUUGUGAUGCCUGCAGAGGAGUACGAUCCUCCUCCACGGCUUCACUACCACAUGCACAAGUCAAUGCGUCCCCAGAAGUGGUACACUCCCAUCAAGGGUAAACUGGAUGCUCUGUGGGUGUUUCUGAGGAAAGGCUACGACAGAGUCUCUGUGAUGCGACCUUAUCCUGGAGACAAGGGCAGGUGCAUCAACUUCACCCGGAGUAAAUCCUACCCGGCUCCCCGCUACCCCAUCUACAACCACCCCUCCACACCCGUCUACACGUUGCCCCACAGUUACCAGCGUCGUCCGUCAGAGGGCGACCAGACCUUCCACUUGCCCCCGUCGCCAACCUCCACCCUCCCACCCCUGCCGUCCACUCCCCCUCCGUCCUCCAGUAGCUCGUCCACGUACACGCCGCCUCCCACCAGAGCCCUGCCUCCGGCCAGCGUUAGCCCCGUGUCUGUGCCUCCGUCACCAACCGGCUCCCUGCCGCCUCCACCUCAAGGCCCACCUCCCUGCAGAGCACCUCCUCCGUCACGGCCUCCUCCACGCCCCAAUCACGAGAACCACUGAUGGCUAAGCUGAUGAGGAGCAGGAGCCAAGCUCAGAAUGGAAACCUGAAAAGACCUUUUCACUGUGGCUGUGCUUAAUCCCAUCCAAGCAGAAAGAGAACUACAGCGGCGCUAUAAUUUUGCCUUUUGAGGCUGCAUGUGGAGAUUCGACACCUGCUCAUGGCUGGAGCAUGAUGCACCAUGAACUGUGACUUUUAAGAAAGUCUAGAGAGUGAAUAUUUAGUCGAAAUAAGCAGCUUUGGCUAUUGGAGUGAAGCAUUUAUUCAGUUUUUAAGAACAUUUCCCUGAUUAAAAAUUUGGUCAGACUUUGCAACGUAAACUUCAACAUCAGCCUUUGUCUGAUGUGGAUUUUUAAUUAUUUUAUACAAAACAAAAAUCACAAUUUUUAAACAGCAGGAACUCCAGCAGCUCAGCGACUUCUUCAUGUGUUUUAUACAUGCAAGUCUGUUCAGCAGCUGCUCAUCCUGCAAAAUGUAUAUAUUUUGUAAAUGAAUGUCUUUUUAACAAUCAACAAAACAUGCAUGCACGCACAUUGUAGUUGAUGGACGAUGACACUUUUGAUGUUAUGAUUUUUUUCUUGGCUACUGUUAGAUAGACUUUUUAACAUUUCAGCAGAGUCUGGCUCAGCGUCUCCCCUGCUUUAACCCUCCUGUUGUCCUCAUUUACAGGCACCAAAAAUAUUGUUUCCUUGUCUGAAAAAAAUCCCAAAAAUUCAGCAAAAAAAUUCCCCAAAUUUCUGAAAAUUUGCAAAAACCUUCAGGAAGAAAAUUCCAAUAAUUACUUAAAAAUUUCCCUUAAAAGUUUUAUUUUAAAAAGAAUCCCCCAAAUUUGGCAAGAAAAUUCUUGUAAAUAUUUUCAAAAAAAUGAGUAAAAUCUUCAAAAAAAAUCCUAAAAAUAUCCAAAGUGAUUACAUAUAUAUCAGUAAAACUUCUAAUAUU